AUGGAGUCUCAGUGCGACUACUUCAUGUACUUCCCGGCGGUGCCCUUCCCGGCCCGCGAGGCGCUGGUGGCGGAGCCGGGCCGGUACCGCGCCCUGCCGCGGCGGAACCACCUCUACCUGGGCGAGACGGUGCGCUUCCUGCUGGUGCUGCGGUGCCGCGCCGCGCCCGCCGGCGGCCCCCGCCCGCCCUGGGGGGAGCUGGCCGCCUCCCUCGCCGCCCUGGCCAGCGUCAGCCCCGGCGGCAGCGCGGAGGGGGGACAGGCCGCCGCCCCCGCCGCCGAGGAGACCCCCCUCCCGGGCGAGCCCGGCCACGAGGCGCCCGACGGCCGGGGGAGCCGCUUCCGCGACUGCCCGCCCCUCCUGACCCACGGCCGCGGGCCCGCCGGCAGACCCGCCGCAGGAGUGCCCCUGGAGGAGCCCAUCGUCUCCACGGAUGAGGUGAUCUUCCCGCUGACCGUCGCUCUGGACAGGCUGCCCCCCAACACCGUCAAAGCCAAGAUCGUGGUGACCGUCUGGAAACGGGACCAAGAGAAAGCCGAGGUGCGGGAGCGGGGGUACCUCAGCAUCCUGCAGGAUCGAGCCCCUUCCCAGACCUUCCGGGAGGAGCAGGGAGCCUUCAAGGCACAAGUGAGCACCCUGCUGACCGUCCUGCCGCCUCCGGAGCUGAAAUGUCAGCCCUGCAACGUGUCGGGGAAGCACUUGACAGUCCUGAAAGUGCUAAAUGCUGCUUCCCAGGAAGAGCUCUCUGUGUGGGACGUGCGGAUUCUGCCCAAUUUUAACGCCAGCUACCUUCCCAUGAUGCCCGACGGGUCUGUCUUGUUAGUCGAUGACGUCUGCCAUCAGUCAGGCGAAGUCUCAAUGGCCUCUUUUUGCUGCGUGGCCUCAGCUGCCUCGGCCUGUCCCUGCUCCCUCCGAGCUCUCGAGGAGCAGAAUUUCCUCUUCCAGUUGCAGGCGCCGGAGCAGCCCCCACACAGCACCAAGGAGGGCCUGGAGGUUCCCCUCAUUGCAGUGGUUCAGUGGUCAACCCCCAAACUGCCGUUCACCACCCGGAUCCACACCCACUACAGGCUGCCGAGCAUCCGCCUGGCCCGCCCGCGCUUUGUGAUGACGGCAGAGUGUGAGUCGCCAGUGGUCCUCCACCGCCGCUUCACUGUCACCUACACCCUCCUCAACAACCUGCAGGACUUCCUGGCCGUGCGCCUGGUGUGGACUCCGGAAAGUGCAGCUGCCGGCAAGACCCUUUCUUCUGCAGAACGGCGGUCCCUCCACGACACCCAGGACUCCAUCGUCUGCCACACACCCCUCAACAACUUGGGCUACUCUCGCAAGGGCAGUGCCCGGACUUUCUGUGUUACGUUCCAGGCUUUGCGGGCAGGUCUCUACGAGCUGUCACAGCACAUGAAGCUGAAGCUGCAGUUCACCGCCAGCGUCUCCAACCCACCCCCCGAAGCCCGGCCCAUCUCCCGCAAGAGCAGCCCCGGCAGCCCCGCCGUCCGGGAGCUGGUGGAGCGGCACCAGGCCAGCUUGGGCCGCUCACAAAGCUUCUCGCACCAGCAGCCGGCACGGGGGCACCUCAUGAGGUCGGGCAGCGUCAUGGAGCGCCGAGCCAUCACUCCGCCCGUGGGCUCCCCCGUAGGCCGACCCCUUUACUUGCCCCCCGACAAGACCUCUCUUUCCCUUGACAAAAUAGCCAAACGUGAGUGCAAAGUGCUGGUGGUGGCGGCCCCCGUCACGUGA